AUGGACUACGGUCAAGGCAAAAGAAUAUCCAUCCUGAACAACGAUGACAAUCCAUCAUUUGCGGUUCCGCGCAGUUCCCCCAAAGCACGAGGGUCAAUCUUAUCUGGCGAGAGGCACCCGUCGCGGUUGAGUUCAAUCCUCCCCGAAAAUGAUGCACCUCGAAAACAAUUACUUGCAGAGCCACCCGCUACGUUUGGGUGCACUUUUUCGCAUGGAGCUCAGACUUCAUCAUUCCAAUCACAUCCUCCCUGCCCGCAGUCGACGCUUGGUGGACCCGGUGACAUGAGAGCGCAUAAACCAAGUAAGAAAAACAAGUACCCUUGCCCGUACGCGACGUCACAUUCGUGUUCUGCCACUUUUACCACUUCUGGCCACGCCGCUCGACACGGGAAAACGCACACUGGAGAGAAAAGCGUACACUGUCCCGUUUGCAACAAAGCUUUUACCCGCAAAGAUAACAUGAAACAACACCAACGUACACACCGCACAAUAGACAGAGAAAAUAGUCCUUCCAGCCAGCACGGCAAAUGGUCCGAAAAUGACUGGCCAAAAGCUCCGACUGCAAGGACAGAAUCGUACACAUUCUCGCAAACGAAUAUAGAAUCCUCCCUGACGUCUCCGAUAAGCCGACCAACUAGUUGGUCUAGCGGCUCAAUGAAUCAUCUCCGGGCCGACCCUUCUAAUUAUGAGUUUUGA